CUCGCUCCCCCACAGCUUGUUCAUCUGUUGCGACCCAGCCCAAAUCUCUCUCUCUCACACACACACAACCUUCGCGGCCAGAGCCAGCACCGACCGCCGUCGCCUCCGCGACGCCGUCUCCAGCGACCUACCGCCUCCAUCGAGCGGCAGUCCACGGCCGGCAGUAGCCAGAAACCGGCCUUUUACGAGCUCUCUCUCUCUAAGGAUCCGUGUCGAUGGCUGUAGUUCCAAGGAACUUUAGAUUACUUGAAGAGCUUGAGAGGGGAGAAAAAGGAAUUGGAGAUGGAACAGUCAGUUAUGGAAUGGAUGACGCUGAUGAUAUAUACAUGCAGUCGUGGACAGGCACUAUCAUUGGUCCUCCUAAUACUGUUCAUGAAGGUCGUAUUUAUCAGCUGAAGUUGUUUUGCGGCAAGGAUUACCCUGAUAAUCCGCCUGCUGUGAGGUUCCAGACUCGGAUAAACAUGACUUGCGUCAAUCAGGAAACAGGCGUGGUUGAACCUAGUCUUAUGCCAAUGCUUGGUAAUUGGAAAAGGGAAUACACUAUGGAAGACAUAUUGUUGCAACUGAAGAAGGAAAUGUUGUCUCCACAGAACCGCAAGCUAGCACAACCUCCUGAAGGCAUUUUCCCCUUAUAAGGAUCUUGAUAACUUUGGCUCAUGCCUGGUUGUAAUCACUAAGGGAAAUGAAGAGGCGAGGAUGGAUCAAAAGGGGCUUGUUGUGAGGUGCUGUGUCAUGUGAGGGAAGUCUUUGUUGUUAUGUAUAUAAGCACAUAUAUACUGCCCGCGGUAACAUUGCUCGCAAAUAUUUAUGUUGGGGGAUUGUUGUAAUUGAGAAAUGUCUAAUUAAGACAAGAUCAAUCAUCCCUCUCAUGUUUUUCGUUUUGUGUCUACCAGUAGCUGAAUAAGUUUCGAAUAUAAGUGUCCCCAUGUCUCAGUAAA